CUCUCUGCGGGGCGGAAGUGGGCUGCGGAGAGCGGAAGUUUCCGCCCCGGCCCCGCCUCCGUCCCCGACUUGCGCGAGCUGGGUGUUUCCUGCCUCUCUCAGUCCAGGUUCGAAGACUGGCGUCUUGCUACUUUUCAUGGAAGAGAUGUCAGGAGAAAGUGUGGUGAGCUCAGCGGUGCCAGCAGCUGCUACCCGCACCACUUCCUUCAAGGGCACGAGCCCUAGCUCCAAGUACGUGAAGCUGAAUGUGGGGGGAGCGCUCUACUACACCACCAUGCAGACACUGACCAAGCAGGACACCAUGCUGAAAGCCAUGUUCAGUGGGCGCAUGGAAGUGCUCACCGACAGUGAAGGCUGGAUCCUCAUCGACCGCUGUGGGAAGCACUUUGGUACGAUACUCAACUACCUUCGUGACGGGGCGGUCCCCUUGCCUGAGAGCCGCCGGGAGAUCGAGGAGCUGCUGGCAGAAGCCAAGUACUACCUGGUCCAGGGCCUGGUGGAGGAAUGCCAGGCAGCACUACAACAGAACAAAGAUACUUAUGAGCCUUUCUGCAAAGUUCCUGUCAUCACCUCAUCCAAGGAAGAACAGAAACUUAUAGCUACUUCAAAUAAGCCAGCCGUGAAAUUGCUCUACAACAGAAGUAACAACAAAUACUCGUAUACCAGCAAUUCCGACGACAAUAUGUUGAAAAACAUUGAACUCUUUGAUAAGCUCUCUCUGCGCUUUAACGGAAGGGUCCUAUUCAUAAAGGAUGUCAUUGGAGAUGAAAUCUGCUGCUGGUCCUUUUACGGUCAGGGCCGCAAGAUUGCCGAAGUCUGUUGUACCUCCAUCGUCUAUGCCACUGAGAAGAAACAGACCAAGGUGGAGUUCCCUGAAGCCCGGAUUUAUGAGGAGACCCUGAAUAUUUUGCUGUACGAGGCCCAGGAUGGCCGGGGACCUGAUAAUGCGCUCCUGGAGGCCACUGGUGGGGCCGCGGGGCGCUCCCACCACCUGGACGAAGACGAGGAGCGGGAGCGGGAACGGAUCGAGCGUGUGCGACGGAUCCACAUCAAGCGCCCGGACGACCGGGCCCACCUGCACCAGUGAGCAGACAAGCUCCAAGCCGCUCGCCGUCCUCCCUCCUCCUCCUCCCUGCUGUUCACUCAGAUCCUCCGCAGGCUCCCGGGCACCUUCCACUUGCCCUGGAGUCUGGAGAUACUUCUGUAACAAGCCAGAUGGUUAUUUUGAUAUUUCUUGACAAGGUGACUGUCUUUACCCGGGUAACUGCACCUGCGAGCUGUGUCGGGGUCUCUGCUUUUCAUGAGAAUCUGAGAAUCCCUGAAGCCAGGCUGUCUUGGUUCUCCGAGGAAAAGUAUGAAUGGUAUGAAGUGUACAUGAGAACUUCUGUUUGCAGUAUUUAUUUUUGUGGGUGUUGACUACCUGUUUGUUCUUCUUGGGUGGCAUUCCUUUCAGGGCUCAGUGUGACAGCUCUGAGAGGGCUGGCGGCCACCAGAGGCGUCUGUAAGCUUCCUGUCUCAUUGCCCUUCAGCCCAGCUCACUGGCUCCCAGGCCCUGGGCACUAGACCGGGCACAGUCUCCACAGCUUUGCCAGAAGUCUGUUCCGUAACAGGCUUUCGUGUGCCUACAGCUCAUUGGUAAAUAAUUGUUGCUUGAGCUUUGUGCCUCUAAAUCGUUGUUCCUAGUGUAGCUCUAGCUCUGGAUGCCUGGCUCUGUUUAAGGGGAAGGCCUGUUGCUGCCUUUCUGAUCUGUGGUCGGGCUUGUUGGGACCCCACCUGACUGGCUAAGGGCAGAGCUGUCUUUGGCAGCAAGUCCUCGGCUGUGUUCCUGGCUCCUUCCCUGCCCCUCCAGUUGCCCUCCUCGUCGUCCCACUCUGCCCCGGCAAGGCCAUCUGGCCUCAUCACAGGCAGAGCUCACAAACCACUGCUCUGUGUGAUCCAGUCCUUUCUCCAUGGCCUUCUUUCCUGGUAAGCUGGGCUUACUGCCCAAGUGGAUGCCCUGCCUUUUGCUUGGAUAUGAAAUGUGGCCCAGACUCCCAGCCUGGCAUCCAGGCAGGAACGCUACUCGCACCAGCAGUCUCAGGGUAGCUUGCCUGCUGUAAAUGCAGCCAUCACCUGGAGCUCCUCUCCCUGGCUUUACCUGAUUUUUACACAGUGUGGAGGGGCCCCCAAGUGAGCAGAGUAUGUGCGUGUGUGCAGAUCCUUUGGGGUCUGUUUAGUGUCCGUGUUCAUGUUUGUUUAAGGGAUGUGUGCAGCUGGUGACAGGGAUGUGCAUUUGUGGGACACAGGUGCUGGAGCCCGGCGGUCUGCACGGCGCUCAUGGAGGACAGAUGUUCUCGGUUACCUACCUCCCAGUCUCCUGUGCACCUGUGAAGGGACAGAAGUGACUUGUGACAAUGUGAGUGGUUGAGACUAGACUAGGUCUAGUUAUAAGGAGUUGUGAAUGUGUGUAAGGUGGUGGGUGGGUUUUGUCUGCUUUUCAAGGGAAACUUUACUGUUUUAUACCAAAGGUAUUAACUUGGGCAGCCUUUGACACAUGUAUUCCAAAAAACGAGUUUAUAUUUUGAAAUGGUUUUUACAGCUUAGACUUUGUGUGUACCGUGUGCCCUACUUGGGACAGUUGUAUGCCUUUAUUUUGUAUCCAGCAGCAAAGCCUUCAAUAAAACUUGCAAACAAUCAUGACUGAA